AGAAGGGGAGGGCAGUAUUGAAUUAGAUUGUUGAUAGCGUCCCUCUGAGGACUGCUAUUAAGAGCACGCUAUUCUGUACUUCUCUGCUGCAGAAGGCAGAGAGAGAUUCGAGUUCCACGGCAUGUUGUAAAUGUAUGAGAUUUUGCUCAUCCCGGCUUGGAAACAAAAAUAGGGGAAGGAGAGCAACUUGAAUCAGAAGCAACUAGAAGAGCGUGCAGAGUUCUGCAGCAGUUUAUAUUUGUUCUUACAUUUUGCUUUCUUCUAACUGGAAAACAAGGGAUUGGCAUUUUUAAACAGGCUUUUCCCAUAAUGGCAUUCUUGUAUUGUGUGGCCAGAGCUUGCACAGGAGGAAAGCAGGCUGCUGAAUUUAGUCACUGAUCUCUAUUAGCUGUGGCCUAAGGCUAUGCUGAGGUUUAUAUCCCAUUUGUAUUGUUGCAGCUCAAAAGAAGAAUGUUCAGAGGAUGACAAGUGUAUUCUGAGUAGAUCUCUUGUGGAAGAGGAAGACCAACACAUGAAAUUAUCCCUUGGAAGCAGCGAAAUGGGCCUCUCUUCCCAUUUACAGUCUUCCAAGGCAGGAACCACUCGCAUCUUUACCAGCAAUACCCACAGUUCUGUGGUGUUACAGGGCUUUGACCAGCUUCGACUUGAAGGAUUGCUUUGUGAUGUGACCCUGAUGCCAGGUGAUACAGAUGAUGCUUUCCCUGUACAUAGAGUCAUGAUGGCAUCUGCUAGUGACUACUUCAAGGCUAUGUUCACAGGAGGAAUGAAAGAACAAGAUUUAAUGUGCAUUAAGCUUCAUGGUGUGAGCAAAGUUGGUCUAAGGAAAAUUAUUGAUUUCAUUUAUACUGCAAAGCUUUCUCUUAAUAUGGACAACCUUCAAGACACACUGGAAGCUGCCAGCUUUCUACAAAUUCUGCCAGUUUUGGACUUCUGUAAAGUAUUUCUCAUAUCUGGGGUCACUUUAGACAAUUGUGUCGAAGUUGGGCGGAUUGCCAACACCUACAAUCUGACCGAAGUGGAUAAAUACGUUAACAGUUUUGUCUUAAAGAAUUUUCCUGCAUUGCUGAGCACCGGGGAGUUCUUGAAACUCCCUUUCGAGCGUCUUGCCUUUGUGCUUUCCAGUAAUAGCCUUAAGCAUUGCACUGAACUUGAGCUCUUUAAGGCUACCUGUCGCUGGCUUCGCCUGGAAGAGCCUCGGAUGGACUUUGCUGCAAAAUUAAUGAAGAACAUACGAUUUCCACUGAUGACACCACAGGAGCUCAUUAAUUACGUGCAAACAGUGGAUUUCAUGAGAACUGACAAUACUUGCGUGAAUUUGCUUUUGGAAGCCAGCAAUUACCAAAUGAUGCCAUACAUGCAGCCAGUUAUGCAGUCAGACAGGACUGCCAUUCGGUCUGACACCACUCAUUUGGUUACCCUAGGAGGUGUGCUGAGACAGCAGCUGGUUGUCAGUAAGGAAUUGCGCAUGUAUGAUGAGAAGGCCCAUGAGUGGAAGUCCCUAGCCCCCAUGGAUGCUCCAAGGUACCAGCAUGGCAUUGCUGUCAUUGGAAAUUUCCUCUAUGUUGUUGGUGGACAGAGUAAUUAUGACACAAAAGGAAAAACAGCAGUCGAUACAGUGUUCAGAUUCGAUCCUCGAUACAAUAAAUGGAUGCAAGUUGCAUCUUUAAAUGAAAAGCGCACAUUCUUCCACCUAAGUGCCCUCAAAGGAUAUCUGUAUGCGGUCGGUGGGCGAAAUGCAGCUGGGGAACUGCCUACGGUAGAAUGUUAUAAUCCAAGAACAAAUGAAUGGACCUAUGUUGCCAAAAUGAGUGAGCCUCACUAUGGACAUGCUGGAACUGUGUAUGGAGGAGUGAUGUAUAUUUCAGGAGGAAUUACUCAUGACACUUUCCAAAAGGAGCUCAUGUGCUUUGACCCUGAUACUGACAAAUGGAUCCAGAAGGCACCAAUGACCACUGUCCGAGGUCUGCAUUGCAUGUGUACAGUGGGAGAAAGGCUCUAUGUCAUUGGCGGCAAUCAUUUCAGAGGAACCAGUGAUUAUGAUGAUGUCCUAAGCUGUGAAUACUAUUCACCUAUCCUUGACCAGUGGACCCCAAUUGCUGCCAUGUUAAGAGGGCAGAGUGAUGUUGGGGUUGCUGUCUUUGAAAACAAAAUCUAUGUAGUUGGUGGGUAUUCUUGGAAUAAUCGUUGUAUGGUAGAGAUAGUGCAGAAAUAUGAUCCAGACAAAGAUGAAUGGCAUAAAGUUUUUGAUCUCCCAGAAUCCCUUGGUGGUAUUCGAGCUUGUACGCUCACAGUUUUUCCACCUGAAGAAACCACACCAUCACCUUCUAGAGAGUCCCCUCUUUCUGCACCUUAAGAUCAUCCCUACAACUAAGAUGCUGUAGUCCUAUCUUUGCAAUGUGUCAUGAUUCUCUUCUUUUUCUCCCCUUAAGUAGUAUAUCUGUUAGGAUUAGCCUCCAGUAAUUGAUACUGAUAUUGGAAAAAAGACAACAUUGAUGUUAUUUGUGCUGUUUGUUUGGCCUAGAAUGUUUAUAAAGUGGUAAUAAAACCAUCCUGGAAAUGUAUCCCAUAGAAGCUGUUUAACAUAUGAAAAACAGUAUUGUCUAUGAACUGUUUCUUCAGUACUUUUUAAUGCUGUGUACUGGGUGUAAGGUAUUUGUCAUCUUACAUUAUAAGCCAAUUUGAAGGUGGAUUAUAGUAAAUGUACAACUGUGCUCACUAGGCUUCAAAGUAAAAAGUUUUCCUUUCAUCUUUGACUGUAAGAUGUCAAAGGGAGGCAGCCUGCUCUAGCAGUUCUAGCAGGAAACAAUACACAAAAGGUUGCCAACUCGCAUGAGCUACCUCCCUCUUUUCAUGAAGUAUUUUUGAUGUAUCUGUCAACCCACCUGACUGUGUGGGUGCAUUGAGAACAUAUAAAGUUUCUUAGACACACAGGAGAAAUAACUGAAAUUCACCAAUGUUAACUUUAAAAAAGCAUGACCCCUCUACUUAUAAAAAAAAAAGGUUUGGGGUUUUUAAAGUGUGCGCAAAUGCAUACACACAUACUUGGAUAUGGAUUUCUAAACAUUGAGUGUCACAUCAAAUAACUAUGAAAUUUUAAAAAAUCUUUUAAAAGCAGCUUCCAUUAAAAUGGGAAUUCAGUGUGCACAUACUGAAUACACACGUGUAGAACCAUAUGAAUUUAGGUGGAUAAGGGCUAGAAAUUUUGAGCAACUAAAGUUGUCACUUGACCCAAUUUUAUCUUAAAAAUUGUAUUCUACUCCUUCUCCUUUGCUGUUGAGAUAACUUACAUAUUCUGUGUAUUCUGUAUACUCUCAAUUCAUAAGGUUAUUUAGCACAAAGUAUAGCAGCUUCACCUGGAGAGCUGCUUUUGCUCAAAGAAUUCAAUUUCCAUGUUUUAUCUUUUUUCUGUUCAAUAAAAACAUUUAAUGUCA